CGCACUUGCAAUCCCAAUAUUCAUCGACCUUGCCUGGUCCCCCUUGGCUUAGCCGCCGCGUUUCUCAAGUGCGGUCACAUCCGCCAGCGGUGGUGAACGACAACUCGACGACACGUGCGGGGUCCGCGCGGAUGGAUAAAGGCGAUGUCCUCAAGUUCUUGGGGGAUGAAGGCGAGCGGGGAGCGAGCGGGGUCGUGGAUGCGUGUGCGGUGGAUUGACGUCUGGGGCAUCAGCUGGGACGUCAUCAGUGCGCUUGCGCUCAGACCUGCACCCGCUGGCGCUCGAAGGCGUCCACCACCACGCUCCAAGGCCGACUACUGCUCGCAGCACCUCUUCAUUCGCAUCCUUGUCUAUACCCUCACCUCCUCGUCCUCUUCGCCCUCUUUCUCAGAUGACCGCGCUCCCGAGGACACCUCGUCCGCGGACACUUUCACCGGUAUGCCGCUCUCGGAAUCCCCGGCGCAGAUAGACGACGAGGAAGAGGACGACCUUAACCACCGUGCGUGCUGCGGGACUCGGACAACGUGGAUGACACGAAGAAGCUGGGGGGGGUAUAUGAGCCAUAAAGCGAGGAUCUAGUUGGUGUGUUCGCUCGUCCAUGGUCGGGCGUCAGGCGUGCGGUAGGUAUGGGCGAUGAGGCUUGAGGCGUUCAAGGCUGUCGGCUAGAGCUGGGGAGCCUGCUUUCUAUGCUGCUCGAUUCAGUGACAAGUACGUUCCGUUCUCAUUCUGUGCGCCGCUUGCCUGUCUCUCUCGUUUUUUGAGGGUUUUGUGUCUACUCCAAUUAGAGGGCAGUGUCGUAACCCCAGUCUUAGGCCUCGCAAUGAGUAUCUCGGCAUCGGCAUCUAAGUCGACUUCGGGCGCUGGAUGUCUGAGUCACACACGUCUACCGUACGGUCCGUACCUGUCGUGAGCGCCGACUUCAGGCCCGCCUUAGCCGCAGACGGCCCCCGCUCAUCGUCAACUGCGACACACGCACCCUCCAGCGGGCGUAUUCUUGCCAGCCUAUAUCUCAGCUCCAAGCUCGACCUCGAUCUCCGUCUCGCCCUUCGCUGACCCAGCCUACGAAACCCACAUUAGCAUCGACGCAGGCUCCAACGCUGCAAUCCAAACGCAUCGCUCACAAAGCGACACUACCCAAGGGACCGCUGCCACAGGGCGCACGAGAUACCCUCAAAGUCUACUUUCACAACCUCUCCCAGACCCCAGACGUCCCCGCGCGCGCGCACCAUGCUCGCAAAACGCGUGAAUUCCAUGCCCGGUCUGGCGCUCUACACCGAGCAGGACGUGCGGCUGGCUCGCGACGGUUCGCAAGAAGCAGAGACGGAGACAUAGAAGCGAACGGGCGGACUCGCUCGUUCGGGAGCGUGAUUUUCCGCCGCAGGAUGCGUGGAAGGAGAGCCGGGAGCAGGUGAAGAAAGACGUCGCUGUCUGAGAUGCGCCCGUGGGACACGACAUUGACGCUGUCUCGAAUAGCCAAGGCGCGCCCCCUUGCCUUCGUGUAAGCCGUCCAUGUCGACUGCUCAAAGGCCAUCAAGAUCGUCUGCAACCACGACGUCUCAAUCUCUCCCUGCAAGUCGAUUUCCGCCGCUGAGUGCACAAACCUGCCGAGCGAAUUUGAAGGUGGUCAAAGCGCGUCGAGUAUGAGCUAUGACAUCCACUGCAACAUCGCUCACCCUCAUCGUCUGACAGACAUGGACGUCUAGUCAGAGCACGAGGACACGAUCAUGGUGGAAGAGUCGACCGCACGAGCACCCGGUGUCAUUCUGAACAUCUUCGUAUCGCCCGGGGAUGAUUCACGUCCCGCCGUCCUUGACAUCGGCCAGCUGGUCGCUGAUCUGCGUACAGCAUUCGUACGGUCGCUUGUCGAAGAACGUCAUCACUGUCGGAGGACGUGUGUCGUCGAGCUCGGGGCGUGACUUGAAUCGUUGCACUGCGAACGAACAUAUCUAGUAUCUGUUGUUUCUCCGAUUCCUACCUGUUACUAUGGCUGAACAGAAGUUACCCUGCAUACUGUACACUCCUUUCUCUCCCUGGGACAUGUCUAUAGCAUCUAUUUCGUCAAAGCGCCCUUGCGCCGCAAU